AUCAAGGAAAAUUAUAGGUAUUAAAAAAACAACAACGACAAUCAUAAAUACAAGGCAUUCAGUUGAAGGCAAUCUUACAAAUAAAUAAACACCACAAAUAAAAGAAACCUUCAUAAUGACAACAAAACCGACCAGCUUUUGCUACAAAUUCACUUUUGUUUGGAUAGCUGUUGUGUUGUUGUUGGUAUUGCAAUGUUGUAACUGCGCUAACGGCUCGCCGAUGUUGUACAAGAAAAAUCCACAACACAAAUAUGAAGCAGAUCUUGUACCCGUUUCUUCGACCGUCAUACCGCUCACGGUGCUCGAGGUCAGCUAUGGACUUGGCGGCAAGCCCAGUGAGGAGUACAAGCAGGCCUAUCUGAAGAAACUGCGUAAGAAGGUGCAACUCAAACAGCAUUUAAAGCAACAACAACAACCUGAUGUAGACGAUGCUGAGUUAGCUGAUCCCGAUACGCUCAUAACAAUCAAAAAGAAACAUAACGACACCAAUAAAGCCAAAGUCAAGGGCAUCGAAAGCAAUUGAAGAUGACAUCGAUGACAGUUGGCGCGCGCAGGGGCCAUGGCUAUGGUUGGGACGACAUUUGCUACUACUAUUUCUACAGUAAUAACAACAACAACAACAACAAUUAAAAGCAGUAACACAAACAGUGAAGGCAGCUUUAGCAACGAACGAUGAGAAAGACAGACAGCGUUUUAGAUGACGUUUUGCGUUCAUCCGGAUUUUUUCGUGGAGGUGUUCAUAUUUUUAAGUGCAUUGCCUGCUACUUCCAUUCCACCAAGAUGUUUGCAGUAGUCAUCGAUGAUGUCACUAUGCUUCGACACCGUUUUAGUUUACUAAAUACUGAGAACAAAAAAAAAAAAAUACAAUAACAGCUUGCGUUCUCACUCAACCUGCACUUCUAAAUCGAGCCAAUGUACAACUAACCACUUUUGCUGCUUUUGCUAACUCGAUGAUGUUUUUUGGACAUAAUCGUUUUUCCUGUCACUGCCAAAUACAAGCACUCAUGCACACGCACACACCUUUGUAUAUACUAACAUUCAUAUAUUUCUAUACAAUAUUGUAAGCUAUUGAAAUCCAUUGAAAUCCACUUGACUUCACGGAGGCAUUCAAAUAUCUACUGCGAACACCAAUUAAGUACUAAGCAGAAGAUGUGGAUGUACAUUAGGGUGGCCCAAAUUUUUUUCCUCCCGCCACCCCCAGAUCUGAAGAAUAUCAAAAAUAAGGAGACACCUAUUUUUUAUUUUGAAAUCGAUUAAUAUUUACCCGUGCCGCCGGGGCUUAGAAGUUUCCCAUAUAUUUUACAUAGGGAAAGUACACUUUUUCGUAAAAUUGCUAUAAAAUCGUUGAAAAUAAAUAUUUUUUGAUCUAACAAGACUAAGUAUUUCCCUUCAGUAGUCUAAAAAAAUAACACUAUAAUGCUUAUUUAACUUAAAAAAUUUACUUAAUGUGUUUUAAUAACCGAUAAUUCUAACUGUUAUGCAUAUACAAAAAUUAGUUGUUUUAUGUAUUCAUAGCCACAUCACGCACGAACAGCUCAAUGGAUGUGUUUAAUUUUUUUUUGCAUUCUACUCGAUGUUUUCUGUAGGUUUAUCGCAAACAAUUUUGAAGAAUAGGGUUGCCAGAUAUUU